UUUAGUUCCUUCGUGGAAAACAAACGAAUUUUUCAAAAAAUGGACAAGCUAAAGGGUAUGCUCAAGGCCUACGAGGAAUGGGUGGCCAGGAAUCCGGAUGUGGUGGGCGACUUUGAGACCACAGCCAAAUGGGUGUCGUACUUUAUAGCAGGUCGGAUAUCCUCCUCCAAUGUGCUCUCCGAGCUGGUAUAUACCCUGUCAAAUAUGCUGGUCUUUUAUAACGAUCGGAUCAUCGACGGGGAACGCAGUGCCAAGGAAAAUUCGAUGCUCCGGCUGCAGUCCAAACUCUGCUAUCGUCUAAAGGUCACGCUGACGACGCUCGAGUACAGCGAGGUGUUCAUCGAGAUAUCGGCGAGGCGGCUGUUCGGCCAGACCGGCAAGUGGCUGUUGAUAGCGCUCAUACAGGUCUUCAAGGCAGCAGGAAGACUGUUUAUCUUGCGACAUUCCACAUCCGAUAUAAUCACCUCACCGCCCAUAGCCUCGCUGAACAGGCGGGCCCUCGGCAAACAGCGGAAGACGGCAGCGGCUGGCGCUUCCGCCGCCAAUGACGAUGCCAAUGUGAUCCAAUCCCAGCACUCUGUAACCUUCCAGUUGAAGCGAUCGGGUCGCAUCAUCCGGAAGGUGGAGGGUGCGCCGCCCAUACAGUAUCGCGACUUCAACCUCCACGUGGAGAACAACGAGGCAGCCAAGGCGCAAGUGCCACGCCAGCUGCUCACCGCCGAGUACCUGUACAUCUCCAAGCCCCUCAUCCAUUUGGCGGCAAUGGGCCUGUUCGGGCGCCGCAGCUGGAAGCAGUACAUGGUGGCCCUGUCGGUGGAUCUGUACAGCAUCCAUCUGUAUCGCCAGCGCAGACACCUGAUGUCCAAGCAACAGAAACUGGAGCUGAGCAGGCGAUGCAUCAACCUCAUGUAUUUCCUUGUACGCUCCCCCUUCUAUGAGAGCUACACGCAGACGAGGCUGGAGAGGCUGCUCGACCUACUGGUCCGCACGGUGCCACUGGCCAAGAUGGUGUCGGAUCCAUUGAAGGACUACAUUCCACAGUGGCAGAGCACGUACUUCUACCUCUGGUCCACUUAAGCAUCGGCACUGCACUGGAGAACAUUAGUAUUCCCAUUCCCCCCUUAUAAGAUAAGUUUCAAGUUACAGGUGAUGCGCGUGUGGGCUUUUGUAUGGCUUUUAAAUUAUAUAUGGAACAAUAUUUUUACACAUACAGUAAA